AUGGACCAUUUCGACACAUGGGGAGUCGUCUUCGGCGACACAGAUGGCUUAUUCGAAAUUCUGCCCGACAUAGCAGUUCUUGCCGCCCGACGUCUCACAGAGAAAACCCCUUCACAGGCGAGCUUAGAGAUGCACCUAGCACUCUACGCCCGAAUAACAGAAUAUAAACCUCCAGAUUCUGCAGUCAAUGGUCAGAAAUCGCAGCCGCAACGGGAUACAGCACUCAAUCUCUGCCGGGAGGCUACCCUCCUCUAUCUCAGGACCGCAAUGGUCCCAGAUGCAUUAAAUGACACUGUAACAUUGGCGAAAGUACAGAAGCAUAUCGACAAUGUCAUGCUAUACGCAGAGCAGGCCACUAGAUCACCUUAUGAGGCUAUAUUCCAGGGUCCUCUGGUUAUUGCAGGCUCCUGCAUGUUGCGAACUGAACAACGACAGUCACUCCUAGAUGGCCUGCGGUCCAACAGAUUUCACAUGCAGCACUGCUUGCAGGCUGCUUUGCAUCUUGGGCAGCUUUGGAAUGACCCGAGUGGACGUGUAUUCGGGCCAUAUGGAUUAGCAACUACCAUGCGCCGUCGUGGGAUCAACUUAGGCAUUGCAAUAAUUCUUUCGGCGAAAAGCAAAAAAGCUACGAAGACACUUAAACGCGAUAGACUUGUCACAAUUCGGGGCAAGGGGUAA